CAGCAGCAGCACCCAUCUCUCUCACCCAGCAGCAGCAGCACCCAUCUCUCUCACCCAGCAGCAGCACCCAUCUCUCCUCCCAGGAGCAAAACGCCUUCCUAAUCCCGGGGCAAGUUCAGAGGCUGAAUGCUCAGCAGGAAUCCAUAUUCCGCAGCCUGGAGAGGACAUGCCCCCAGUAUCUGCACAGUAAGGAUUCAGCCACAACGCGUCUCUAACUCCAGCAGCACCCAAGACUUUCUAAUUGGACAAGACCCCAAUGCCCCCCAUGUCUGAUAACUGAGUUCGCAGUAGUAUUAACACCAGGAGGAGACCUCUAUGCCCCCCUCAUCUACACACUAAGGAGAAACCCCCCAGCUGAGUGAGCUCCCUAUCUCCUUACUCCUCAGGAUGAAACUUUGCGCCUGGCUCCCUCUCUGCGCCCUCCUCACCCUCCUCUCCGGCGCUACCAGGACUGGGGCUUGCCCUGCCCGCUGCGAUGUCUCCAGGUGCCCCAGCCCUAUCUGCCCCAGCGGCUAUGUCCCCGACCGCUGCAACUGCUGCCUGAUCUGCGCUGCCGGAGAAGGGGAGCCCUGCGGCCGGGAAGGGGACCCUCCGUGUGGGGACAGCCUGCAGUGCAAGCCCCCCCCGGGCAUGAGAGGGCUGAAGGGCAGCUGCCAGUGCAAGCACACUAACCCUGUGUGUGCCAAUGAUGGGCAGACCUAUGACAACCUGUGCCAGCUGAAGGCGGCCAGCAGGAGGGCGCUACAGAAGGGCCACUCACCUGUGGUGCUGGUGCAGAAGGGAGCUUGUCAAUCGGGUCACCAACAUCCCAACAGUCCAAGAUACAAAUUUAACUUCAUUGCUGAUGUGGUGGAAAAGAUUGCUCCGGCUGUUGUGCAUAUUGAACUUUUCCUGAGGCACCCACUAUUUGGCCGUAAUGUCCCUCUGUCUAGUGGGUCUGGCUUUAUCAUCUCGGAUCUGGGACUAAUUGUGACCAAUGCACAUGUGGUAUCCAGCAGUAACACUGUAUCGGGCCGCCAGUACCUGAAAGUGCAGCUGCACAAUGGGGACUCAUAUGAAGCCACCAUAAAAGACAUUGAUAAGAAAUCUGAUAUUGCAACAAUCAAGAUUUACCCCAGAAAAAAGCUGCCAGUCUUGCUGCUGGGCCAUUCCGCUGAUCUGAGACCUGGAGAAUUUGUUGUGGCCAUUGGGAGCCCCUUUGCCCUACAGAACACGGUGACGACUGGCAUUGUGAGCACAGCACAGAGAGACGGGAAAGAACUGGGCCUCCGGGACUCCGACAUGGACUAUGUUCAAACCGACGCCAUCAUUAAUUAUGGAAAUUCUGGGGGUCCUCUGGUGAAUUUGGAUGGGGAGGUGAUUGGAAUAAAUACACUCAAGGUUGCAGCAGGGAUUUCUUUUGCCAUCCCGUCGGAUCGUAUCACGAAGUUCAUGACGGAAUCACAAGACAAAAAAUACAAAGCCAACAAUGAUGGCAAAAAGCGUUUCAUUGGAAUAAAGAUGCUGACAAUUACUCCUUCAUUUGCUGAAGAAAAAAAACUGCACAAUCCUGACUUCCCAGAUGUUACCAGUGGAAUUUAUGUCCAUGAGGUGGUGCCCAAUUCUCCUGCCCAGAGAGGUGGAAUUCAGGAUGGAGACAUCAUAGUGAAAGUGAAUGGGCGGCCACUGGUGACAUCGGGUGACCUGCAUGAAGCCGUAAUGAACGAAUCUCCUUUACUCCUUGAAGUGCGAAGAGGAAAUGAUGACAUGCUAUUCAACCUAGAGCCAGAAGUUUCCAUGUAGAGCUUGGAAAGACUCAACUUCUCAAGAUGGAACAAUUUCCUCUGCAGGAACAAGUUCUACAGAACAACAAGUACAGACCUAAUGACCUCAGCUAAGCCUGGCAUUUUGUAUUUCAAGCUCCCAAACAUUAAGGGUGGAACCCAGACUUGCAUAAUGCUGAAACUAUGACCAACCGAGCCAACCAGACUUUGUGCUCAACCUCUCUAUCUUCAAUGUCAGACCAUUUAACACUGAGGAUUUACAUGAAAGGCUCUUCAUCAACAUAAUAUACCUCCUUUCCAAAUAACUCCUCCUUUUUUUGUGAAUUCAUUUGAUCGAUUGAGCCGAGUCUGUACUGUAUGUAUUGUAUGAAGCACAUAAGCCUAGAGCAGAAAGAAGAAAUAUCUAUAGUUACAGGUGAAGCGACAACUAAGGGGCACCAUGAUAUAAACUGCUGUAGGUGGAUUCCCUUAGGCGUGUAGUAUAUUCCAUAUCAGUAGAUGGGAAUAGAAUACAAAGUAUUAGGGCAUUUACAGUGUACAAUAGUAGUUCUAAAUCACUAGAUCUCUAAAGUUGAUAGAUCUGCACUUUAACUGUAUUUGAAAAAAAGCAAAGGAUUAUAACACAGAACUGUGCAAAAAUAUGAUUUAGUAUUGAAUAUUAAACUAACAAUCAUAGCCUAUCAUUCUAGCCAGCCAAUGGUAGUGCCUAGUGAUGGAGUCAUUUUUGGCCAGGUUUCUCUAAAAAAAAAAAACACCCAUAGAUUUCAAUGUAUUGUUAAAGAAAGUCUCUGCAAAAACAAAAAAAAAAGCCAAUUGACUACAAUGCGUUUCGCAAAUUUUGGUCGUUUUUCAACAAGAUUUGACAGAUUUGCCCAUUAUUAGCAGCCCCAUUAGUCAUUCCCAUGGGAAGCUCAGCUGUUUCUAUUUGAAAUGUGAAAACCAUGAUAUGAAAUGGUUUCAAUUUCUGACCAAAUUAAUUUGGGAAAUCGGAAAGUGUAACAACAGCCCAGGUCAAUAUUAGUGUUUGUGUCUAAGAAUGUUUGUUACCUGUUCAGUUUGUGUGUUGCUGGGAUCAAUCUAAUUGGCACCAAAAACAAACUUUUCUCUUAAUCACUUUUUUUUCCUGUGAGCUGUUAUUUUUUUAAUAAUUUUAUUUAGAAAAAAAAACAAUAUAGAAGCAAAAAAAAGUCUGUUUUUUCCACAUUCAGUUUUUAAUUUUUUGACAAUAGUGUUUUUGAAAAACCUCAACUUACACCAAUCGCAACAAAACCUCGAAAGUGAAAAAACAGCCCUUAAUACUGCAUAAACUUCAUUUGGUUUUGCUUGAAAUAUGAAAUAUUGUGGUCUAGAGAUUUAUAGCUGAAGAUAUAAGAUAUCUCUGUAAAUGUAAUUACAUGUAACGAGGAAACAGAAAGAGAAAAUAAUCGGCAUCGGACACAGGGUUUUGUAACCGUUGAAUUUAGACGGAGAAGAUUUUAGCAGGAGGAGACACAAAGAAAUGCAUUACCCUUUAAAAGAAGAAUCUAAUUUUUACAAACUAUAGAUGAACAUUCAUUUACCAAUAAAGUAUGAGGAUGUAGAUUA